AUGUCAUCAUCAUCACAAACAUCCUUGUCUUUACCUGUGCAUGACUGUUCUGCUCCUUCCUUGGACUUUGAUCUUCAGGAAAAGUUUAUUCUUCACACUGUUGAGGCAAGUUCAUUCUGUUCCUGUUUAAACAGUAAAAAUAUUGACACUUUGAUGAAGGAGCUAAGUGAAAGUGAAAUUCAGAAUACUAAUCUCAGGAAAAAAAUACUUGAAAGGGAGAAACAGAUUGAAGAACUUUCAUCCAUGCUUCAGUGUGAAAAAAUCAAGAUACAGAGACAGGACCACCUGUCAGAAUCAGUAAAGGAAGUACAAGCUCACCUGCAGCGUCAGAUUGAAAGAAAAGAAGCAGAAAAUUAUGAAUUAAAAGUGAAAAUGCAGACUCUAAAAAAUAAAAUAGCAGAGUGGAAACAUCAAAUUGGUGAAUACAAGUGCCAGAAGUUAGCCUUAAAGGAAACAAGUGAGCAAAAGAAGAUAGCUCUGGAAAAAGCAAUAAGAUCUCAGAAACAAAGAGCUCAACUCUUAGAAGAAACUGUGAAAGAUGUAACCUCUAAAAUAAAAGAACAUGAAGUCAAACUGGGUGAGAUACUGUCAGCUUCUGAUGUCUGGAAAAACCAGCAUGAUAGAAUAGUUGAAGAAAAGACAAUGUUAGAAGUUCAAAUAGAAGGUCUUGAGAAUCAGAUCCAAGGCCUGAUGGAAGACAUGGAAAGAAGGGAGAAAUGGAGAAGAAACUCAGAAGAGGAAAUUCUUGGAAAGCUAAAUUCUGUUAACUCUGAAAAUGAAAAUAUUUACUUUGAAAACAAAAAAUUAAAGGCUUCCCUUGCUACAUUGGAGAAAAGUACAGUAUCUGUUGAAUAUGAGUUGCUUCAUCUGCAAGAAAAAGCAAAGCUACAGGAAAACCUUUUAGAACACAGUAAAAAUGAGGUACAAAAAAGACUAAUUGUUGUGGAAGAAUUGAAAUCCAGAUAUGAAACAGUCUUAAAUGAAAACAGAAAAAUAACAGAAAACAAAUGCUUAGAAGAAGAUAAGGUGAGGCACAAAAUGGAGGCUGAGUUAAAGGAGUUAGAACAUGUUUGUGACUUGCUGAAAGCAACUGAGGAAAACCAGCAAAAACUUCUGGCCUGGGAAAGGAUCUGUGCACAGAAAUGCAAAACCCUCAGGGAGCUGGAGCUUCAGCCUGAUAAUGAAUUUUCCUGGACUUUUUUUUUCUCUGACAUCAAUUUCUAUGGCAGGGAUAACCAUAGUGUAACUUCUAUGGGCAGUCUUUGCUUAGAAGAAGAGAUCUGUAACAUUCAGAAGAAAUAUGGAGAUCUUCAAAGGCAAUUAGGACAGGUGGAAUAUCAGAAUGAAGAACUUGCUUACCAGCUCAGGAAAGAAGAUGAGACUCUUCAGAGCAGUAAAUUGCAGCUUGAAGAGAAAAUUGCAGAAUAUAAUGCAUUGACCAGACAACUUGAAUCUGCUUUGGAAGAAGGGAGAAAAAUGGUAGCUGAAGAAUGGGAAAAAACGUCAUACAGAGAACGAGCCUUUCAGACAAAACUGAUGCUUCUUGAAGCUGAAGUGAGAAAGAGGCAAGAAGAAAAAAAACAACUCCUCUGCUUAUUUCACCAUAAUGAAAAGCAUCAUGAAGUACAUCUGAAAGAGCUGGAGAACCGCCUACAGAAGUCAGUGAUCAAGAACCAGAGCAUCCAGAAUUAUGUGCAGUUUUUGAAAGAUGCAUAUGUUACAAUGUUUGGCUGAAUUCUUCAAUCUAUUUUAUCGUAGAGAAACUUGUCAGGAUUGGGGUCCCAGUCUUGUUGAAGGCAAAGCCAUUGAGGCCUUACAUUAUUUUGGCAGAUUAAAUUUUUUGAUAAUUCUUCCCUAGGAAAAUGUCUGUUGUGGGCAGGAGAAGCAGGUGAGCCAUUGCUGUGUCCCAGGGUCUGGGCACACGUGGGGGAAUGGAGCUGGUGUUGCUGACAGAAACCUUUGUGUUCCCCAUGGCACAGCAGGGCAAGGCUGAGUGCAUGGCAGCAGCAGCAGGUGUGUAUGUGUGGGGUAUGCACACAAUGUCUGUCAAUGUCCUGGCCUGUAAAAUCUUACCUGAGUCCUUUUAGUCCAUGGUAAAUGCAAAUGACCACAGAUUAUCUUUCAAUUCAAUGAUAUCUAACCUAUUAAAACAGACAAAAAAUGAGAUUAUUAGGUUCCUUCCCUUUUUUCCCCCUGUAGUUUAGCCCCAGUAUAGUCCUACACUACAUGGAAGAGUUGCCACCACAAGGCUGUCCCAUCCAGCCACUUUUCUCUACAUCUCAUCAUUAUGCUCAGGCAUACACUAUAGUGGCAUUUUAUAAAUAUAAGUAGGAAAAAUUUUUAGAUACAGGUAUAGUUUAAGCUCUGGAUGUGCUGAUAUACCCUGGUGACACAGCUCCAGUGAGAUAUUUAAGUAUUUGUCUGAGUUCAAGAGCUGCUGUUCAAUAAGACUGACCUGUGCCUCAAGUAAAACACAUGUAAAUAUUCAGCUGAUACAGGAUUAAUAUAAGAAACAAUUCUUGAUCUAAUUUCAGUUCUAAAUUCUAAUUAGUUUUGUAGACAUAUGAUUUGUUUUUCAAAAAUAGUACCUUCAGUUAAAUAGAUGUGAUUUACAAUGUGUACUUAAAUAAUAUAUAUUUUUUGACCAAAACCUUAAGUUUGUUUAUGCAUAGGCAAUACCCAUUCUAUUUCAUUGUUAGUUGUUAGUAAUGUGUUGAAUACAGACCUUUUUUUUUGCAAACGCUUAUCCAUCUUAACAAAUACUGAUGUGUGCUAAUGAUCUGUUUCUGUGCACUUUUUAAAAAUAAAAUUUUCAUUUAUUCUA